AGAGACAAAUGGAAGAUUUGUUUCAUAUUCAAUUCUACCGCUAAGAGCCUAAGAUAUCCAUGGCUGAUCUUUCUAGAUUGAUUCAACGGCCAGGGGAAUCUUCUAAAAAUUAUCUUAUGCGAUUUAGAAAAGCCAAGAUGAAAUGUCAUGUUGCCUUACCAGAGCAAGAGUUCGUGAAGCUUGCUCAGAAUGGUUUAGACAUUGAACUUCGAAAGAAGUUUGAGGGGAUGGAAUUCAAAGACUUUUUUGAGCUCUCUUAUAAGGUCUUUGCUAACAAGCCAGUAACUUGUCCUAAUCUAGUGAAAGUCACUCAACAGGUUGAGGCAAUUGCAAAGCGUUUCUCGUAUGAAUCUGGGAGACAAUACACAUUUGAUGAUAAGAUUGACAAUGGGCUGCUUCGUUUCCUUGAAAAACCCAAAGAAGCCAUGGGGGUUAAUGAGAAUCCUUUCCCAAAUGUAGAUGUUGGGGUGAUUGAGAAGGAAAGGGAACGUCAUGCCCAACUAAAUCAAAGGCUUGGGGGGCAACGCCAUGCUGCCAAAAUCUAUGCAUCUGGAUCUAGGAUGAAGGAGGCUCGGCAUACAGAUCGCUCUCAUAUGGUUAAGCCUCCACAGCAACCUCCAAGUAAAAGUUGGGAGAAGCCAGAAGUGCCACCUCCUAAGCUCACCUCAUUGAUCAUCAAUGAAAAUGAGUUGAAGGCAACCUUUGAAGCAGAUCAGCAAGCGGAGUUGACUAGCGAUGAUAAUCUUCUUGAAGACAUGGGUGUUCUGCAGAUUAGCGGCAUCUCUAUUAAUCUCUCUUGUUUGAUUCUCAUGUUGCCUUUGGUUUUUCGAGCUAAGGGCAGCGAGAAUACCCAUGUUCCUACCUCUGUUUCCAAGGGCAGCAUGGUUGUUGAAGAAGAAGUGAUAGAGGUUCCAGCCCAAGAAAAGGAAAAUGAGCAUGAUAUCUUCUCAGAACAAAUUAUCUUUAACAAACCAGAUGAAAGUGUGGACGUGAUUGGAUCCAUUAGAAUUUGUGUGUUCCAUCUAGUCUCCAUCAAAGACUCAUUUUUUGGAAUGGAGGCAAAAUUGAGACAAGGAAGACCUCGUGAAAUCACUGCUUACAACAAGCCUACCUUGGCUAAGUAUGUGGUUGACGAGAUUGCUUCAGGUGUAAAAAUGCCUGAAGGCAUCUUGGAGAAAGUGAUCGUCAUUGAAAAACGUAUGCUGCCUUCAAUUCAUCAAAGAAGGAUAACGGUGGAAGCAUGCUCAUUAGAUGUCACGCCUACAGACUGGAGGCAUCCAAUAAUAGAACAUUUGAGGAAUCCUAGUUCUAAAACAUCAAGGAGAAUGAGGAUGCAAGCUUUAAACUAUGUGCUAUUGGGGGAUGUCUUGUAUUGUAAAGGGCAGGAUGAAUUAUUAUUACGCUGCCUCAGUCUUGAUGAAAGUUGCCAUGUGAUGUUAGAUGUUCAUAAUGGUAUCUGUGGUGCUCAUCAGGCAGUUUUCCAUGAGUUUCCCCCUUGGAUCCCGUCGGCUUCCUCACCAGCCAAGCUCGGGUUCUGCUGGCUGGAAUUCUGGGGAUGAAUUUGGUAGCCCUUUUAAAUGUGUUUGUGCUUGGUUUAUGUAGGAAUUUUGUUAAUUAGGCUGUUGUGAUGUUGUGUAGGAGUAAUCCCGUGGCUUAGCCAUUGUUGGCCAAAGCCGUGGGUCUCCAUUGCUUGUCCAGGAAAUUGGAAUGAAUUUUGGUAGCUUUAAGCUAUGUUUUAAGUGUGGUUUAAGUAGAAAAGUAGCUUGUUAUGAUUGUUGUGAGAUUUUGGAGAGAAACCCCGUGAAUUGGCUAUGUUUUGCCCAUUUUGGAAGUUGAAGUUACUGUUCACGGUGCUGUUCACGAUACUGUUCAUAGGCACUGUUCACACACGGGCACUGUUUACACAUCGAGGGUUAACGAAUAACGGGGAUUUAAAGGUUUAGUUUGUGAUAUAAGAAUGAAUUUGGAGAUGUCCGGUUAUGUGGAGAUUGAUAGAAAUGGCACUGUGAUGGGCAGUGCUAAUGAUGAUUUCACUGUGAAUUUGUGGUGGUAUGGUUAUUAAUCGUGGAAUAUUGUGAUUAGGUUUUGAUUGUUCUGUCACCGUAGCACUUGGGUUAGCCUUCUGUUAUGUGCGAGUAAGGAAGCGAAACCGAGGGUGGGGAAAACCAAGGGGAGUGACGAGUUAGAAGGCUAGCCAUCUUGUAAAGUGAAUAUAGAUUUGAGAUGUAGAUCGUGAUCUUAAGAGUUAGAGUGUAUGUGGAGAUUUUUGAUAUCAGAGCAGACUGUUAAGAUUUUAUCUUAAGAUUUUGUGGUAUCAGAUUGUGAUUUGAAUAAGUUCCAAGCCUUGUG